CUUCGGCAGCACCGCACAUAUUAUUUCGUCUUAAAUUCACACCUUUUCAGUGCAGGCAGGUUAGGUGGCAUUUUCACACUUACAGAACGAGGAAACUGAGUCACGGGAUUCCAGGCCUGGCCUUCAUCGCACCUUAAUGCUGUUAAAGACUCACGUGGCUCAUUCUCUCUCCUUGUAGAACUUUCUCGCGCCCGGCAGAUCGUCCCUCUGGUAGGCGACUAACUGAGGAAGGUUAAGGCUGGCUCUAACAGGCGCUCCGGCUCGUCCCCGUACGCAGUGACGUGACCGAUGACGCUAUUCAGUGACGUAUGAUGACGUGACUUACCCUGAGCCAGGUGCCGGCAGGGGAGUCACACCCUGAGGGCCCAGUUUAGGAGGGACAGUGGCUCCGACGGGCGGAGACGCGCUGCAAGACCCCGCCUGAGGCGACCUGGGGCCCCGAAAUCCUGGGUCCUACCGGCCCACGGUUGAUCCGUUGCUAAGUGACGCCAGCGCGCAAGGCGCGUGCGCGGCCACGGCGGUGUGCGUGAAGGCGGGCGCGCGCCGCGACGGCGGCGGCGGGGAAGGCGGCGACCGCGGCGGCCGAGGGGGCGGUGGCCACGGGGCAGGGUUGCUGCAGGCGGAGGAGACGUGUGUGGCGGCGGCUAGGUCGCUGAGGAACAUCGUCGGGGUCAGUGACUAUCAUCUGUUCCACACGAUGAGUAACAGCCACCCUCUUCGCCCCUUUACUGCAGUGGGGGAAAUCGACCACGUGCACAUUCUGUCUGAGCACAUUGGUGCCUUGUUGAUUGGUGAAGAAUAUGGCGAUGUCACAUUUGUUGUGGAAAAGAAGCGGUUUCCUGCCCACAGGGUAAUUUUAGCAGCUAGGUGCCAGUAUUUUCGAGCAUUACUGUAUGGUGGGAUGCGAGAGUCUCAGCCUGAAGCCGAAAUCCCUCUCCAGGACACCACUGCAGAAGCAUUCACAAUGCUGCUCAAAUACAUCUACACUGGGCGGGCGACACUGACCGAUGAGAAGGAGGAGGUGCUGCUGGAUUUUUUGAGCCUGGCUCAUAAAUAUGGAUUUCCAGAGCUAGAGGAUUCUACCUCUGAGUAUCUCUGCACCAUCCUUAACAUCCAGAAUGUCUGUAUGACUUUUGAUGUUGCCAGUCUCUACUCACUGCCCAAGUUAACUUGUAUGUGCUGCAUGUUCAUGGACAGAAAUGCUCAGGAGGUGCUCGCCAGUGAAGGCUUCCUCUCCCUUUCCAAGACGGCACUUCUGAACAUCGUUUUGAGAGAUUCGUUUGCUGCUCCUGAGAAAGAUAUUUUCUUAGCUUUGUUAAACUGGUGUAAGCACAACGCAAAGGAGAACCAUGCUGAAAUCAUGCAGGCUGUGCGUUUACCUCUGAUGAGCCUCACUGAGCUUCUGAAUGUUGUGAGACCUUCAGGGUUGUUGUCUCCAGAUGCUAUUCUCGAUGCCAUUAAAGUGCGUUCAGAGAGCCGGGAUAUGGACCUUAACUACAGAGGCAUGCUCAUACCAGAAGAAAACAUCGCAACUAUGAAGUACGGAGCCCAGGUUGUGAAAGGAGAGCUGAAGUCAGCCUUGUUGGAUGGUGACACUCAAAAUUAUGACUUGGAUCAUGGAUUUUCCAGGCAUCCCAUCGAUGAUGACUGCCGCUCUGGCAUUGAGAUCAAGCUUGGCCAGCCGUCCAUUAUCAACCACAUACGCCUCCUCCUGUGGGACCGCGACAGCCGGUCUUAUUCCUACUUUAUUGAAGUGUCCAUGGAUGAACUUGACUGGAUCAGAGUCAUAGAUCACUCACAUUACCUGUGUCGGUCUUGGCAGAAGUUGUAUUUCCCAGCUCGAGUCUGCAGGUAUAUCCGAAUAGUUGGGACUCACAACACAGUGAACAAGAUUUUCCACAUCGUGGCUUUUGAAUGUAUGUUUACGAACAAAACCUUCACUCUGGAAAAGGGCCUAAUAGUUCCCAUGGAGAAUGUUGCAACGAUUGCUGAUUGUGCCAGUGUGAUUGAAGGAGUCAGCCGGAGCCGAAAUGCCUUGCUCAAUGGGGACACUAAGAAUUAUGACUGGGAUUCUGGCUACACGUGUCAUCAGCUGGGAAGUGGUGCAAUUGUGGUUCAGCUGGCACAGCCAUACAUGAUUGGGUCAAUACGGUUAUUACUCUGGGAUUGUGACGAUCGAAGCUACAGUUAUUACGUUGAGGUUUCCACCAAUCAGCAGCAGUGGACCAUGGUGGCUGACAGAACAAAAGUGUCCUGCAAGUCCUGGCAAUCAGUCACUUUUGAAAGACAGCCUGCCUCCUUCAUCCGAAUCGUUGGAACACACAACACAGCAAAUGAGGUGUUCCACUGUGUCCACUUUGAGUGUCCGGAGCAGCAGAGCAGCCAAAAAGAAGAGAGCAGUGAGGAACCCGGGACAGGGGACCCCAACACCCCCAGUCAGCAGCUCGACCCUCAUGCACUGCGAGCACCCAGCGCCAGCUCACUGCCCCCGAGUCCAGGACCCAACUCACGCUCACCCAACCAACAGCACCAAUAAAGAAGGCAGAGGACGCGGUGUGACUUGGGUGGGGCAGGAGUGUGCCCUCCCAGGCGGGCCCUAUGUGCAGCACCCUCCCCCAUCUCUGGGAGGAGCAGACCUGGCUGCAAAAGCCACCCCAACCAGGCUUUUCCCCCAGGGGACAGAAGGGACCCAUGUUCUCCCCAGUCUUCAGGCAGUCUCCAGGGGGAGGAAGUGGGUCUCGAUUCUCCAAGUCCACCGUCAGCUCCUACCUCUAAUGUUACCAAGGUACCAGUGCAGAAGGAAUCUAGAGACAAGCCAAGCUCACUACAAGAAGGAACCCUAGGCCUUGACAACCAGAAAAGGGCCCAGGCCCAAGUGUCCCCAUUGCCUUUGCAUUGCUGCUUGGUGGUUUACAGUCGUGUAGUGUGUCCUCAGCUGCUGGUCAUGGCUGCUGCAGCCUUGUGGAACUGCUCUAGCCCUCUGCAGCUGCAAGGGUCUUCCUCAGUCUGCAGUGCCUGCAGGCGGGCAGAGCAGAAGCUGCCCCUCCUAAAUGACACCGGAUGUGGCUCGUCAUGGCACUGAGCCUGACCAGAAAAAACUUCCAAGUUCAACCAGACACACAAUGUGCAAACCAAUCUUUGGACACUGGAGUUCAUAAUUGAUCAAAUUGUCACUUUAUUAACCUGUCAUUCCUGACGGACGCACCUGCCAGCCUGGGAGGCAGCCUGGAAGCAGUGGCCGUGCCAGCCGCUGGAGGACCACCCAGAAGCCUGAGGACAGACGCUGCCCAGUUCUAGGCUGACUGCGGGCCUCGUGGCUCUGCUACGCUUGUCCAGCCAACAGAUGGGGUAUCAGGAGCACAGGCCUGGGAAUGGUGAAGAAGAGAUUCUUGAGGGCCUCCAUCUUGAACUGCUGCAGCUCCACGCAGCUCCCACUGUCACGCCCAUGCAUAGUUCCUGCCUCUGCACCCCCUGUUGCAUCCCGAGGCCCCAUGAGGUCUCCUUAGCACUUCCUGUGAGCGUGUUCAGAGAAGGGUGGAGCUUCAGGGUUGGGUCCUGCUCUAGAAGUGAAAGGGUGGGCCAGCCAGCUUUCUCUGAGUUUGACUUAAUUGGAAUGGGUUGUCCACACUGAAGAGCUGGCAGCACGAGGCCUCAGGCUGCAGUAGGGGUCAUCUUCCUGUGCAUUCAGGCCUAGGUGCAGAGCUGGUCCUGGGGGAGACUAGUCCGCAGUCCGAACCUCUGGCUUCACUGCUGUGUGGUAUGGCUGCCUCAGGGAGGAGGCUCCCAUGUGUGGAUAGGGUGCCCACAUUGUUUAUGGGGUGCUGCCAGGCAGCCUGGAGAACUGUCUGUCCACUCAGCAUCUCUACAAGCAGCGCCCCCUGCCAGUGCACAAGGAACCCCAAGCUGUGAAGGGUGGAAUCUCUUCCCGUGGAGGGUAAUGCAUGAGGGCUCAUUUGUCUUGUUCUUGUUCAGUUAUUUGCUAAGAUAGUUCUUCUCUGUGUAGCCUAGGUUGGCCACACUCAGGGCAAUCCUCCUGCUUCAGUGGGACUGAGUUGACAAGAAGCCACAUUGUCCACCCAAGAUGUCAACACACACAGCUAUCAUGCUAAGCACUGGGCACGCGGUGCUCUUGGCAGCCCAUUCCCCACAUCCCAGACCCAUACCUUGUGACUCCCUUUCUCCUUAGGGUACUAUUGUGUAUUCAGGUUAUGACUAUAGACUCUGGUUCCCUUCGAUGUCGGCACUGCCAUGGUCCCCUCCAUCAAAUAAGUGGAGGGGAGAUGGGACAUCAAAGUCACAGAUGCCAGUGGGGAGUGCCGAGAACCGUAGCAAGCCCUCAGUCACCUGAGUGACCGCCAUGGCCGCCCUUGGGAAGACUUUCUUAGAUAGAUGCCUGCUUAGGGUGCAGGAGGACACUGGCUGGCUUACCUCCCCCCAGACCCGGGAGCUCACCCCUUGGCUGAUGGGCAUGCUGAUGUGUCUCGAGGCCACAGGCACCUCUAAGGUAGGUCCACAUUUCCAGAGGACUGAGCCUGGCUCGUCCCCUGCCGGGGUCUCCCCCGGGGCCAGCAGACUGUAAAUGAGACCGGAGUGUGAACAGCAGGCAGGCUGGCCGGGACCCGGACUAUCCUGUGCACCAGCACCCAGCACUGUACUGUGGACUCUGACCCUGAGGACUGGUUGGGUGGCAAGGAGCCACAGUCAUAGGAUAGGGGACAGAGGCAGUGUGAGCCAUUGCUCCCUCAGCCCUGCCCUGCCCUCCCCAUAAGGUCAACAGUGUGUGAACAAGAGCAGAGCUUGGAGAGUAGCUGCUGCGAUGCCUCUGGCAGUGCCCGCUGUGAAGGGCACCUGCGUGCAGGUCACCUGGGCUCUGCAGAACCGCUCGUGCCCCUUUAGAUCGUGUUCUUUAGGAUGGCAGAUGUCCGCACUGGGGCUCCUGGGGGACCAUUUGGGCUCUGUAGGGCAGCUUCAGGCGGCCUCACACUGGGACUGAGCAUCUCCUAAGCCCUCUGUACUUUUCCUGUUCUGCCUUUAGUGAGUUCCAAGCCUGUUACAGAUGUGGGCUCUUUCAGCUGUCACUUUCCACUUUUAUUAAAUGAAGUGUUGAUUCUGGACAAAUCCAUUACAAGUGUUCUGUUCCUAGAAGACUAGAAAAGGAAAUUCUUUUCAGCGAGAGAGGGAUUUGUCCGUUGGGCUCAUUCCUUCCCCUUCCUCGUGAGUUUUGAAUUGUCUAAGAAAUUGCUCAGUAGUUAAACCAUCUCCACAAUUGUCAGACCAGAGUGCACAGCUAACCCAGCCAAUCUGCAGUUCUUUCUAACUUAGGAGAUAACAGAAUUGUAAACAUGGCCUCUGCAGGGCACAGGAAGAGGGUGAAAUCUACAGCCAAAGUGGGUCUUGGUGUGUUGAGGCUGCUUGGCACUGAAACCGCUCAGCCCUGCCUAGGACUACAGACGUCCCUCUGGAUGGGCAGAGAACUGCCUCCUUCUAGGAAGUUCCUCGUUAGCUUUGCUCUGCUGUGUUACUGUCACCUUGCCCUCUGCGUGGUGAAUGGAGCCUAGUAGUAGUGCUGAGGUGACCUGGCACUGCAGGCACUGGCCAUGCUCUGGUUAUUUUGCAACAUAAUGAUUGAUUCUGAGUGUUUACCCUGACAGCGGCUCUGGCAGGAGGGGAGCGCUUAUUAGCGGCCCUAGGCUCUGCAGUGCCCUGUGCUACCAAGUGGAGCACCCAAUGUUAAGGUUUCUGGAGUCGCCAGGAAGGAGGAGAGUGGCUGGACUGGCCAUGGGCUGCUGGAAUGCAUCCAUCGCUCCUUUGGAUGGGGCUUGGGCAUCCCUGGCAGUAGAUGAACGAGAGGCCAUGAGCUUGUGUGAGCUGCACUUCACUUCCCUGGGGUAAGGAAGAGCCCCCUCCCCACCCCACCGUCCUGUCCUUGCCCUUCACUUUGAAAGAUGUACAGGAAUGGUGCCUGUUCCAGAACAAGCUUCCAGUCUAGCAGUGGGCGGGCAGGGCACUGUGGCCUCACACUCUCCUCUUCCGUCCCCACCCCUGCUUUCCAACCUCUGCCCUAGAGGUCAAACUGAGCGGGGCUUCUGGACAGAUAGUUCCCACCCCCAACCAAGGACGCGAUCACCCCUGAAACCUGUGAUUGAUGUCCUGUCAGUACCUGUGAUUUGCAGCUGGAAUAUUUCUAGCCUUGGGCAGGUAGCUGAGGUAGUGGUGGCCCGGAGCCACACACCUGUCCUGCAGUUGUCUCCAGCCUGUCUUCCCAGUGACACUGGUGCUUACUACUUUGGAGGUGGCAAAACAGGGUUCCCAGCCCAGCACAGUGUAUAUGCCUGAAAGUGGGGUGCUAUCUGUGACUCCCAGGGGUUUCAGCCAGAGACAAGGUAUGGUCAAAGCUGGGCUGGAGAUGUGGAGUCCCACAGCCCCUGGUGGCUGCUUGAGACUCUGGGUCUCAGGAUGGCCUUCCAAACGUGGCCUGAGAGCUAGGAACCUCCUUGUUAGACUGGCCUGGGGCUGAUGUCCCCAAGGCCACUUUAUACCUCCAUAGCUGUCCCCAGUGCCUGGGAAAGCAAGGUGACUGGCUUGGGUUUUGCCUUUGGAGUGAGGGUGGUGACAGCACCCCAUAGGUGGCAAUGGGCGGUACCCAUAAGCCACUCUGACCAAAUUUGUGUGGACUGGAUUCUCCAGAGAAGAGGAACCACCUCCCCUCCAUGGCUACCAUUCCUGAGCCAGUGGAGAUCGCAGGUGCUGUCCCCGUACUCCUCCAAGGGUCUCUUAAGGUUAGACGGGAUCGUGCGAGUCCUGGGCAUGGUUCUCUGAGGAAGUUCCCAUGGCAGUGUUUGGAUUGUGACCCUGAGGUGGUGUGGCAUCCUCACUUGGCAAGCUGUGUUGCGACCCUCAGUUCACCGUGUGUGCAAUGCCACUGUGGGCUCCCCGCAGAAAUAAAGCACUACUUCUA